UAGGAAAAAAAUACAUAUAUCAAUCAAUUCGAUUCAGAGCUUCUCCGACCAUGGCCGCUCCGUCGUCGUCGCCGUCGUCAACGGCGGCCGCGAACAUCAUGCUCGCCAUCUACGAGAAGAAGACAGUCUCAGUCGAUCUCUACCGUCCUCUUCGCAACUACAUAGUCUUCAACUAUUCCGAACGCGAAGCCCAAAACCUCGAAGACGAUCUCCAAACCAUAAAGCAAAUGCGCUCCGAUCUCGAACGCCCCACCGCCGAUUCCCUCUCUGCCCGCCGCGACCUCUUACAAAACUACUUCAAAGCUCUCUGCGCCGUCGAAUCUCGAUUCCCUAUCUCCGCCGACAAGGACCACGUCAACGCCGUGAAUUUCACCUGGUAUGACGCCUUCAAGACCAAAUUGAAGGCUUCGCAGCAGAACAUCCACCUCGAGAAGGCCUCUGUGUUGUUCAAUUUGGGGGCUGUGCAGAGUCAGAUUGGAUUGACGUUCGAUCGGUCUUCGAUUGAAGGGAGGAGACAGGGUUCGCAUGCGUUUAUUGCUGCGGCUGGGGCGUUUGCGUUUUUGAGAGAUAAUGAGUCGAUGAAGGCGUCGAUUGGGGGUUCGGCGACCGUGGAUGUGUCGGUCGAGUGUGCCGGGAUGCUGGAGAGGCUUAUGCUGGCUCAAGCUCAGGAAUGUGUUUUUGAGAACUCUAUUGCUAAGGGGAGUACUCCUGGGGUUUGUGCUAAAAUCUCUAGACAGGUUGGGAUCUACUAUGAGGAAGCUUUAGCAGCACUAAAUGUUUCACCUCUCAAAGAGCAUUUUGACAAGAAUUGGUUAUCUCAUGUUCAGCUAAAGGCAACCUUGUUUUAUGCUGAGGCUUGCUAUAGGUAUAGUUUAGAGCUCCAUGAGAAAGAAGAGAUUGCUGAGGAAAUUGCGCGGUUGAAGAGUGGAAUUAAUGCUUUAUCUGAGGCAAAGAAAUCAUCCUCCAAGGGUGCUGCACAGCAGAUUUUAGAUGCAAUAAAUAAGUUGGAAGGGAAUCUGAAUCGUAACCUGGAGAGGGCUGUGAAGGAGAAUGAUAGAGUCUACCUCAUGAGGGUUCCUGCCACCAGUUCUUUACCUCCGCUUCCAGCAUUUUCAUUGGUUAAGUCCAUGCCAAUGAAUGAGGUACUGGAUGCGAGCAAGGAUAAAAUGUUUGCAAGUCUUGUUCCUGACAACAGUGCAAAAGCUCUUUCUAGAUACACUGAAAUGGUUGAUGUCAUUAUCAGAACACAAGCUGAGAAAUUGCAACAGGGGAGUGAACUUGCCCGAGUGAGGCUCAAGGAAAUGGACUUGCCUGACUCUAUUCUUGCCUUAGAAGGGAAUAUCACCCUGCCAACAACUCUUAAAGAAGAUGUGGAGGCAGUUCAAAUUAGUGGAGGCCCAGUUGGGUUGGAUGCCGAGCUACAACAACUUAGAGAUUUGAGGAGGGUAAACCACGAAUUACUUGUCCAGACUGAGGAGCUGUUGCAGAAAGAAUUAACAGAAGAUUCACAGUUUAGAAGCCAAUUUGGAACACGGUGGACUAGGCCUCAGUCCAAUACUCUAACAAAGAACUUGCAAGAUAGGUUAAAUAGAUUCGCAGCAAAUCUGAAGCAAGCUGCAGACAGUGAUGCCCGGAUUGAGCGUUCAGUGAGAGAUUAUUCAGCACUUAUGUCAAUCCUUGACCGGCGUCCGGUAUGUACAUUUCACUGAUUUGUGUGAAAUCUUUCUGCUCUGUU